AUGGCAUCCCCACCAGCCCCUCUAACCGACGAACAAAAAGCCUUCUUCCUAGCGAACGGCUACCUCAAACUCACCAACUGCUUCACGCGCGAACAAGCCGCCACGGUAACUGAUGGGGUAUGGACACGCCUAGGCAUGUCACCCACCGACAAACGUACCUGGACCAAAGAACGCACCAACAUGCCCUCGCACCGGGUCUUCGACGCCAGCGCAUUCGCUCCUAAGGCCUGGGCCGCGAUAUGCGAGUUAUGCGGUGGGGAAGAUAGGAUCGCGCCUGCGGCUCGUCAGUGGCGGGAUUCAUUGAUUGUUAACUUGGGCACGGCGGAAAGAGAGGGGAGACCGGUACCGCCGAAGGAGUUGGUGAAUUGGCAUGUUGAUGGUGAUUUCUUUGUGCAUUAUUUGGAUAGUCCUGAACAGGCUUUGUUGGUUAUUCCACUGUUUACAGAUAUUGUAACGGAGGGCGGUGGGACUAUGAUUUGUCCGCCCGCGAUUGAGAGGGUUGCGAGACAGAUGUUUGAACAUCCGGAGGGGGUUUCGCCGAGGAUGGUUCCCCGAGCACAUCCCGACUUCCCGCGAGAGAGGAAUUUGGAAUGGUACGCCAAUAUCGCACAGUCCUGCGCAGAUGACGAAUUCGUGGAGGCCACGGGAAAUGUGGGGGAUGUGUACCUGUUACACCCUCUCAUGAUGCACAGCGCGACGAGUAAUGCUAAGCGCAACGUACGUAUUAUUACGAAUCCGCCUGUGAGUCUGGUGGAGCCGUUCCAAUUUGAUAGGGAAAGGGGCGAGGAAUAUAGUUUGGUAGAGCAAAAGACGAUGGCUGCGGUAGGAGGUAAGGAGUUGUUGAAGGGGUGGAAGAUCACGUCGCCUAGGGAGGGACUGGUACCGGAACGCGUGCGUAUUCAGGAGGCGAUGAAGAGGGAGGAGCAAAGAAGGUUGGAGGAGGAACAGCGGCUUAAGGAGCAUGAGAAAGAGCAAGUACGGGUUGCCGCCGCCGCUGCUUAA